AACUCGGCCGGUAUCCUCCUUGGCCAGGAAAGAUUGUUAAUCCACCAAAGGACUUGAAGAAACCUCGUGGAAAGAAAUGCUUCUUUGUGAAAUUUUUUGGAACAGAAGAUCAUGCCUGGAUCAAAGUGGAACAGCUAAAGCCAUAUCAUGCUCAUAAAGAGGAAAUGAUAAAAAUUAACAAGGGUAAACGAUUCCAGCAAGCGGUAGAUGCCGUGGAAGAGUUCCUCAGGAGAGCCAAAGGGAAAGACCAGACGUCAUCCCACAAUUCUGCUGAUGACAAGAAUCGACGUAAUUCCAGUGAGGAGAGAAGUAGGCCAAACUCAGGUGAUGAGAAGCGCAAACUUAGCCUGUCUGAAGGGAAGGUGAAGAAGAACAUGGGAGAAGGAAAGAAGAGGGUGUCUUCAGGCUCUUCAGAGAGAGGCUCCAAAUCCCCUCUGAAAAGAGCCCAAGAGCAAAGUCCCCGGAAGCGGGGUCGGCCCCCAAAGGAUGAGAAGGAUCUCACCAUCCCGGAGUCUAGUACUGUGAAGGGGAUGAUGGCCGGACCGAUGGCCGCGUUUAAAUGGCAGCCAACCGCAAGCGAGCCUGUUAAAGAUGCAGAUCCUCAUUUUCAUCAUUUCCUGCUAAGCCAAACAGAGAAGCCAGCUGUCUGUUACCAGGCAAUCACUAAGAAGUUGAAAAUAUGUGAAGAGGAAACUGGCUCCACCUCCAUCCAGGCAGCUGACAGCACAGCUGUGAAUGGCAGCAUCACACCCACAGACAAAAAUGUGGGUGGAGUGAUCCUGGACUUGCUCCCAGACCCAACUUGCACCCAGCCUUGCCUCUGUGCCUGCUCUUGUGAUUUGUUCAUCCAGGAGGGGGCCCGUCUGGGAAGAACCCCCGCUGAAGUCGUUUCAACCUGCGACAUCACUUUCGCCUGCGUGUCGGAUCCCAAGGCGGCCAAGGACCUGGUGCUGGGCCCCAGUGGUGUGCUACAAGGGAUCCGCCCUGGGAAGUGCUACGUGGACAUGUCAACAGUGGACGCUGACACAGUCACUGAGCUGGCCCAGGUGAUUGUGUCCAGGGGGGGGCGCUUUCUGGAAGCCCCCGUCUCAGGGAAUCAGCAGCUGUCUAAUGAUGGGAUGUUGGUGAUCUUAGCGGCUGGAGACAGGGGCUUAUACGAGGACUGCAGCAGCUGCUUCCAGGCGAUGGGGAAGACCUCCUUCUUCCUAGGUGAAGUGGGUAACGCAGCCAAGAUGAUGCUGAUCGUGAACAUGGUCCAAGGGAGCUUCAUGGCCACUAUCGCCGAGGGGCUGACCCUGGCCCAGGUGACAGGCCAGUCCCAGCAGACACUCUUGGACAUCCUCAAUCAGGGACAGUUGGCCAGCAUCUUCCUGGACCAGAAGUGCCAAAAUAUCCUGCAAGGCAACUUUAAACCUGAUUUCUACCUGAAAUACAUUCAGAAGGAUCUCCGCUUAGCCAUCGCUCUGGGUGAUGCGGUCAACCAUCCGACUCCCAUGGCAGCUGCAGCAAACGAGGUGUACAAAAGAGCCAAGGCGCUGGACCAGUCCGACAACGAUAUGUCCGCCGUGUACCGAGCCUAUAUACACUAAGCUGUCGACACCCCGCCCCCACCCCUCCAAUCCCCCCUCUGACCCCUUCUUCCUCACAUUGGGUCGGGGGCCUGGGACUUCAUUCUGGACCAGCCCACCUGUCUCCAUUUCCUUUUAUACAGACUUUGAGACUUGCCAUCAGCACAGCACACAGCAGCAGCCUUCCCCUGAGGCCGGUGGGGAGGGGACGAGUGUCAGCAGGAUUGGCUUAUGGGAAAGCUCUUGAGCUGGGCACUGGCCCCCGGACAAGGUGGCUGUGUGUUCACACACACACAAACACACACACACACAGACUCGCCCCUGGAUAGAAGCUGCCCAGAAACUGCUGCCUGGCUUUUUUUCUUCCGAGCUUGUCUUAUCUCAAACCCCUUCCAGUCAAGGAACUAGAAUCAGCAACGAGAGUUGGAAGCCUUCCCACAGCUUUCCCCAGAGCGAAGAGGCUGUAGUCACGUCCACAUCCCCACUGGAUUCCCUGCAAGGAGAGGCCUCGGGCCCAGAUGAGCCAGUACAGACUCCAGACAGAGGGUCCCUUGGGGCCCUCCAACCUCAGGUGAUGAGCUGAGAAAGAUGUUCACGUCUGAGCGUCCAGUGUGCACCCAGCGCUCCAUAGACACAUUUGUGAACUGAAAAGAGAUUGGCAGAGUCCCGAGAAGAUGGGGCCCUGGCUUUCCAGGGAGUGCAGCAAGCACCCGGCCUGCAGGUGAGCUUGGAGGUCCGGCCCUCACCGCCUCGAAGCCACGCCCCAGACGCCACUGCCACGGCGCUCCUCCCUGGGCUGUUCUAGUAUUUGGAUUUGCAUUCCAGCUCUUGGGAGGGGGUCCUCAGGGCCACUAGUGAUGAGCCAUGAGGAGUGGGGGUUGGGGGCGCUCCUUCCUGUUUCCGUUAGGCCACAGACUCUUCACCUGGCUCUGAAGAGCCACUCUGACCUCGUUCCCCUCCCAGUGGUCCCCCCUUCUCCAGUCUGCCCUGCCAAGUCCCCUGCAUGCCCACCACUCUCCAUCCUCCCUCCUUGCCCUCUUCCUCCUGUGGAGACAGUAUUUCUUUCUGUCUGCCCCUUCUUUGGCCCAGACCCAGCCUGACCAGCGAUGAGCAUUUCUUAGGCUCAGCUCUUGAUACGGAACGAGUGUCUUCACUCCAGCCAGCAUCAUGGUCUUCGGUGCUGCCCGGGCCCGGGGUCUGUCGGGAGGGAAGAGAACUGGGCCUGACCUACCUGAACUGACUGGCCCUCCGAGGUGGGUCUGGGACAUCCUCGAGGCCCUACAUAUCUCCUUGGAUGGGGGACCAUGGGGGGCUUGGGAUGAUGCAAAAAAACAAGUCACCCAAGGGAUGUCAGUUUUUUAUCCCUCUGCAUGGGUUGGAUUUUCCAAAAUCAUAAUUUGCAGAAGGAAGGCCAGCAUUUAUGAUGGAAUAUAUAUAUAUAAGGCAGCCACACUGGGGUGGGGUCCUUCCCCCUCACAGCUUUGGCCCCUUUCACAGAUAGAACCUGGGUUAGAGGAUUGCAGAAGAUGAGGUGGGGGGGGCAGGGAAGAUGCCUGUCGGGUUUUUAGCACAGUUCAUUUCACUGGGAUUUUGAAGCAUUUCUGUCUGAACACAAAGCCUGUUCUAGUCCUGGCAGGACACACUGGGGGUGGGGGCGGGGGAAGAUGCGGUAAUGAAACCGGUUAGUCAAUGUUGUCUUAAUAUUGUUGACAAUUCUGUAAAAUUCCUUUUUAUGAAUAUUUCUGUUUAAGCUAUUUCACCUUUGUUUUGAAAUCCUUCCCUUUUAAGGAGAAAAUGUGACACUUGUGAAAAAGCUUGUAUGAAAGCCCCUCCCUUUUUUUCUUUAAACCUUUAAAUGACAAAUCUAGGUAAUUAAGGUUGUGAAUUUUUAUUUUUGCUUUGUUUUUAAUGAACAUUUGUCUUUCAGGAUAGGAUUGUGUGAUAAUGUUUAAAUGGCAAAAACAAAACAUGAUUUUGUGCAAUUAACAAAGCUACUGCAAGAAAAAUAAAACACUUCUUGGUAACACA